AUCGGACGACAUCGGCAGAUAUGACUUCUUCGGCAACAAUCAGAUCUGAAAUUUACGACAGAGAAGAACGCAAGCAGCAAUACCAAGCGCACAUUCGUGGUCUGAACGCUUAUGAACGACACAAGAAGUUCUUGAAAGACUACGUUCGUUUUUAUGGCAAGGACAAGCCGACAGAAGUCAAGUUACCUGUUAAAACCGACCACGACACACUUAGAGAAGGAUACAGGUUUAUACGUUCAGAAGAAGAUGAUUUGAACCCUUCGUGGGAGCAAAGACUGGUGAAGCGAUACUAUGAUAAGCUUUUUAAGGAAUACUGUAUAGCUGACAUGUCAAGAUACAAGACUGGCCAGAUGGGUUUAAGAUGGAGAACGGAAAAGGAAGUAAUGUCAGGCAAAGGGCAGUUUAUGUGUGGAAGCAAACAGUGUCAUGAAGUAGAAGGGUUAGCGAGUUAUGAGGUGAAUUUUUCUUAUCAUGAAGCCGGAGAACAGAAACAGGCCCUUGUAAAACUCGUAACUUGUGAGAGAUGUGCUGAGAAGCUUUACUACAAAAGAAGAAAGGAGAGUGAAAGAUCAGAGAGUAAAGAAAAGAAAAAGCAGAAACGUAAACGGAAUCGAUCAAGCAGUGAAGAUGACACAGACGAAGAGGAAAGGAAAAAAGGAAAGAAGAGCAAGUCCAAGCAGGAGGGUGGUAGUGAGAGAGAAGGCAAGGAUGAUGAAAACUUUGACGAAUUCAUGGAAGGAAUGUUUCCAGGGAAGGGUGAUAACUAGAGUUUAUUUGAUUUACAUCACAAGGAUAC